AUGGGAACCCUUGUGACCCGUGAAGAUAUAUCCCUGUGGGUCAAAGUUCCUGAAGACCUGAAAGAUCCAGAAGUAUUCUUCCUGGCCCACACACUGGUGCUAAAAUUUCUGUUUGGCCCACAGGGAUCUCAAAUGCCUCACAUUGUGCAGGUGAACAAAGCCAUGUUUGAGCUGAAGAUUCUGGAAUCUUCCAAAUUUACCGAGGUCUUAAUUUAUGGCUCUGAGGACCACAAGCUUCGGACUAAAUGGAUGCUUCAGUCCAUGGCUGAGAGGUGCCACCUGUGCCAGGCAAGAGAAAUACUUAAGCUGGAGGAAGCCACAAAGACCCUAGAACUAGGCCAGUGUUUGGAGGGAAGCAAGUUUCCAGUCAUUGUGACUCCCACCUGGACACAAACUGUGGCCAGUGUUUGGUUCUGGCAUGAUUUUUAA